CCUGCGUGGCAGACUCAUUGUCUAAAAGGAAAUGACAUCAGAGAGCUGUGGUACAGUACUUUGAUGGCACAAACACGGCAGUUUAUGAAACCUGCUUUGACGUGAGCCCACAGUUCAGCGUCAGUUGUUCCAAACUCUGUGAGGCGAGGAGACAGCCGGGUCAUAGGACAGUUUUUGGGAUCUCCAUUGAAAACAAUGUCUGGCGGCCACAAAGAAAGCCCACAGGACAAUGCGCAUCGAGCUGGACCUGUUGUUAAUUUCACUAACCCUCUGAUGAGCGACCUUGAAUCAGACUGGUCUCCGCUUCACGAUGCAGCCUUUAACGGUCACAUCCUCACUCUGCACGGACUCGUUGCCCAGGGAGCCUGUGUAAAUAUGGCCACGCUGAACCAAGUCUCCCCUCUCCACGGGGCAUGUGUACAAGGCCACGCAGGAUGUACCAAGUUCCUAAUAGAAAAUGGGGCAAAUGUAAACUUGCCGACGGUGGAUGGAAAAACCCCCCUCUCUGAGGCUUGUGCCCAGGGCCAUCUGACCUGUGUCUCUUUGCUUCUUCAAAACGGCGCCACGUCCACGGGGACCGGCAUGUCUGACUCUCCCAUCCACAAAGCUGCAGCAAAAGGUCACCCGGAGUGCAUUGAAACUUUAGUCAAGCAUGGCGCAGAUGUAGAUCAGCGUUUUGAACAAUCGGAUUCUCCUCUCCACAUUGCGUGCAUCAACCAGCAGCUGAACACGGUGAAGAAAUUGCUGCAACUGGGUGCUGCCGUGAACUGCAGCGUGGCCGGUGACUCCCCCCUGCACGUCGCAGCCCGCCUCUCCAGCCCCGAGAUGGUGUCCGUCCUGCUGGAACACGGGGCAGACGGUUCUCUAAGAAACCCGGCGGGCAAGCGACCCCUGGACCUCGCGGCCCCCAACAGCCCGGCGGAGAGGCUGCUGGGAAACAACAGAGGAGUCCCCUGUCUAAUGCAACUGUGCCGCCUAUACAUCAGGAAAACUGUGGGCAAGAAGAGGAUUGGGGGUAUUCAUGGCCUACACGUACCCACACAGCUGAAACGGUAUCUUCUCUACCAGUCGGUUACACUGGGUGACCUGAUCCAUUAUCAGCCUAUGGCUGAAAAGCCUUUCUAGUCAUUAGUCCAAAGCAGGGGUGUCAAACUCCAGGCCUCGAGGGCUGCAGU